AUGUCUACUGCUCAGACGAUGCUGAUGUACUAUUGGGGCGCGGAUGCAAGACCGGGCUUCGGUUUGGUUAAACAUGGCAGCCUACAAACCACAAAUACAGGAAUCCACCUUGUGUGCUCCAAAUCUAAAAUUCAGAAUGUGGCAGUUGGGAAGAAACUGGUCGGCUUUAUACGCGGCGACGGAACUGUUUCUGUCAUCAGAUGCCAGGGUGACGGACUCGCUCUGGCAGGGAGACUAAAGCACUUGGACUUGAAAAAAGACAAGAUAAAAGCCCUCAGCUGUCAAGAGUCUCAAGCCGUCCUUGUUUCUUACGACGGUAAAGUCCUGUGUGUAGAUGAACUAAAUGUCCCCAGAUCUCAGCUGCGUGACAAACAGGUGACUCAGGUCGCAUGUGGAGACCACCAUUCAGUAGUGCUUACACAUGAUGGUCAGUUGUUUACAUGGGGUCAGAACUCCAGUGGUCAGCUGGGCUUGGGGAAGGAUGAGCCCAGCACUCAGUCUCCAAAGCUCCUCAGUUCUCUGUCAGGGAUCCCCUUGGUUCAGAUCAGUGCUGGAGGAGACCACAGCUUUGCCCUGUCUCUCUCUGGAGCUGUUUUUGGCUGGGGGAAAAACAACGCCGGACAGCUGGCCCUCGGAGACAACACAGACAGGGAUGUUCCCGUCAAUGUGAGCAGCUUGAACUUAAAGAAAAUCAUCUUCAUCUCCUGUGGGGAGGAGCACACAGCCACUCUGACAAAGGGAGGUUUGGUGUUCACAUUUGGAUCAGGUUCUUAUGGACAGCUUGGACAUAACUCACUCAGAGAUGAACUUCGACCUCAAAUUGUGGCUGAACUCUGGGGUUCAAAAGUGUCUCAAAUAGCCUGUGGAAGGCACCACACAUUAGCAUUCGUCAGAUCAUCACAGAAAAUUUACUCUUUUGGAUGUGGAGAGCAAGGACAGCUGGGAAACGGUCAGAAAACCAACCAGUGUGUGCCUCUACCCGUUCACCUGUCAACAGAGCACAAUCAAAAUGGGUCAGUUGAGAGAAUUCGUGCUGGAGGGAACCAUUCCUUUGCCCUGUGCCAGCAAAUGGGAUCUGAAAAAGGAUUAACCAAUCCCAAAGCCUCCUCAAAUAGUCAUAUAGUGACACUAGAUGACAAGAUGAUUGACAGGUGGAUUUCUGAAUGUGACUCUAAGGCAUGGAAAAGCAUCCGAUGGGAAAUAAAAAAAAUCUUCUCAUCGGCAGCAUGUGUUAAUGGGAGUUUUAUUGAGACAAGUUGUGACAAACACUUCCAGUCAUCAGUGGAGUAUUAUGGUCUGGAUCUGUCCUUGGCACGUCUUGCGUUUGAGAAGUUGGCUAAAAAGGAGAAGGUCUUAUCUGAGGUCAAAAAGGUGGUUGAACACAAGCUGCUUCCUUCUCUGAAUCCUCGUCCUGCUGGAGUGGAGGCUCUGAGAGUUUACCUCAUCUUACCUGAACUCCUGAGGGUUCUACACGAACAUUAUCUUGGGACUGACCUCACUGUGGCACUGGCCUCAGCCAUUCUCAGCCUGAAACCUGAUUGGCUGAAGGUCCUGGGUCACUACUGGUCCAGACUCCCUGACGUCUUCCUGGAAAACCUAGUUAAGACAUUUCACCUCCAGUCUCAUAACUUUCUUUUGGACAUGACUAUGAGUGGUCAUCUCAGAUGGUCAAGCUCUCUGGAGAAAACUCUGAAGGUUCUGCAGAAAGUGUAUGAGGUGGUAUUUGAUGGGGAACCUGGAAUUGAUUGGAGGGCUUUGUCACUGGAAUUCUUCACUCUCCUUGCUAAGGAUAUCUUGACUGCACAACCCAAGAUAGCGGAAAUCUCUGAAGAUUCCGGUUUUGCCUGGUUCACUUCAGAUGACUGUGGCACUACAGAUGAAGUCUACUUGUUUGGCGUUCUCUGUGGGAUGGCCUUGUACAAUAACUGUUUGAUGAACUUUGGCUUUCCUUUGGCACUUUUCAAAAUGCUCCUGGGUCAGAAGCCAACUCUGCAAGACCUGGAGGAGCCAUUUCCCAUUGAAGCCAGGACUUUAAAUGUGUUACUUGAGGAAGAUGAAGAGGGUGUGACAGAGCUCUACUUGAAUUUCACUGUCAGAGGCCAUGAGGUUAUUCCAAAUGGAGCUCAGAUCCCAGUAACCAAGGUCAACAGGCAAGAGUAUGUGGACCUUUACAUUGACUUUGUUUUUCACAAGUCAGUGAAGCAGCAGUUUGAAGACUUUUCAAGAGGCUUUUCUCAGGGUUGUCCCAUUGACACAUGGAAAGUGUUUCUUCCAGAGGAGCUCAUGGCUGUUCUCUAUGGCAACACUGAGUACAAGUGGGAGCUACUGAAGGAGAAUGUAGCCUAUGAAGGUUUUAUACCGACUGAGGAGGUUAUCCAGAAUUUUUGGAAAGUCUUCUUUGAGCUUACGAAAGACCAAAAGAAGCUGUUUAUGAAAUUCAUCUUUGGAACGUAUCUGCUGCCAGUAGGAGGCCUGUCCAAAAGGCAAUUGAGGAUUUCCAAGUGGGUUCUCCCUGACCCAGAUGAACAUCACCCUAAGGGUGAAUGUUGCUUUGGGAGAUUACGUCUUCCUAACUACAGUAACAUCAGAAGUUUACAUGACAAACUUAUCAAUGCUAUUACCCACUGCAAUGAAUUUGGAAUGGAGUAA